AUGUUUCUCGCCACGGCCGUGGUGUCAGGAAGAUGGGUUGCACGCCGACGCAUUGCCAAGUGCGAGGGAUUGGACGACUAUGUGGUGUCAUUCUCGCUCAUCCUCUCCUGGGCAAUGACGGCCCUCAUCGCCGCCGAAGUCAACGGCGGCAGAGGCGUCUACGCCGGCCCUGUGCAGCUGCAGACCAUCGCCAAGCUCGUCAUCGCAAGCAACUGCCUCUGGAUCCUCAUCGUGAACAUCACCAAAGCCUCCAUUCUAAUCCAAUACCUGCGCAUCUUCAGCGACCCUCCCCUCCGCCGCAUCUGCUACCUCUUCCUCACCCUCCUCCUCCCCGCAGCCAGCUGGGCCCUCUUCGCCGGCAUCUUCCUCUGCACCCCAACGGCAAAACUAUGGAACCCGACUAUUACCGGCCACUGCAUCAGCGCCCAGCGCUACUGGCUCUCAGUCGCAGGCACGGACAUCAGCCUCGACUUCCUUAUCCUCCUCCUGCCACUCCCGGCAAUCACUGCACUGCAUCUCCCGCGCAAGCAGAAAAUCAUCCUCGUCGCCCUCUUCGGUCUCGGCUUCUUCGUCUGCGCCGUCAGCGUCGUGCGUCUGCUCACAGUCCUCAUCGCCGCCAAUCAAGGCCAUUACGUGCAAUCGGGCCUCUGGGCUGUGAUCUGGUCGGCCGUGGAAGCGAACGUGGGCAUCACCUGCGCCUCUCUGCUCUCACUUAAACCGCUGCUUGCCUUCGACGGCGUGGAGUAG